AGAAGACAGGAGGCGUGUCCUGAGUGCGAACAGGAAGAGGUCACUGCGAGACAACACACAGAAAGCCGGUGUGUUUUACCUCACUUCUGGAAGAAAGCAAGACCUAUGGCCGUGGGAGGGAUGAAACUAUCGAGUAUAUGCUGUCUGCUCUUGUAUUUAAUUGCGACAGUGCUGGCAGGGAGAGAUUUCUACAAGAUCCUUGGGGUUAGCAGAUCAGCAUCUAUUAAAGACAUCAAGAAAGCUUACAGAAAGUUGGCACUGCAGCUUCAUCCUGACCGAAACCCAGAUGACCCUAAUGCCCAGGACAAAUUUGCAGACCUCGGAGCAGCAUACGAGGUGCUCUCCGAUGAGGAGAAAAGGAAACAGUAUGAUGCUUACGGAGAGGAAGGACUGAAGGAAGGCCAUCAUAGCUCACACAGUGAUAUCUUUUCCAGCUUCUUUGGUGAUUUUGGGUUUAUGUUUGGUGGAAACAGGCAGCAACAGGACCGGAACAUUCCGAGAGGAAAUGACAUCAUACUGGACCUUGAAGUUACGCUGGAGGAGGUUUAUUCUGGAAAUUUUGUAGAAGUAGUGCGAAACAAGCCUGUCGCUAAAGAGGCUCCAGGCAAAAGGAAAUGCAACUGCCGCCAGGAAAUGAGAACUACACAGCUGGGACCGGGCCGCUUCCAGAUGACACAAGAAGUAGUCUGUGAUGAAUGCCCAAACAUUAAGCUUGUGAAUGAAGAGAGGACACUAGAGGUGGAAAUUGAGCAGGGAGUGAGAGAUGAGAUGGAGUAUCCCUUCAUUGGUGAAGGUGAACCACACAUUGAUGGAGAACCUGGAGAUCUUCGCUUCCGCAUCAAAGUCUUAAAGCACCCACUGUUUGAGCGCAGAGGUGAUGACCUGUACACAAAUGUCACCAUCACUCUGGUAGAGGCUCUGGUUGGCUUUGAAAUGUACAUCACGCAUUUGGAUGGUCACAAGGUUCACAUUGUUAGGGAUAAAAUUACCAAGCCUGGAGCCCGAAUCUGGAAGAAAGGAGAAGGACUUCCCAACUUUGAUAACAACAAUAUCCGUGGAUCACUAAUAAUAACAUUUGAUGUAGACUUCCCCAAGGAACAACUUGAUGACCAACAGAAAGAUGGUAUAAGGCAGCUGUUGAAGCAGACUCCAUCUCAGAAGGUUUAUAACGGCCUACAGGGAUACUGACACCAGCCGACAAAAUCAGGACUGAUUAAACUGUCCCGUUCCAUAGACCACACACAAACAUGCUCACUGGCACGCACAGAGAAACAAGCAUCAAGGGUUUAUUUAUUUUUUGUAGACUGUACUCAGGAUAGGUUGACUGUAUGUAUGGAUUUUUAUUUUUUGAUUUGGGAUUUUUUUUUUUACCUUUUUUUUUCUCCUCUUUGAGGUGUGGUUUUUGAACGCAAUUUUAUUAUCAAUUUUUUCAUGCCCAAAUUAUUUUUCUUUCUUUUUUGAAUAACACUUUCAAUGCCUUUCUGAUUACAAUUUAAAUGUUAGUGCAUUACAGUUUAAGUGGACAUUUAACUGAUUUUUCCAUGUCGGUCAGCCUGGACCGCAACAACAGAGGGAAAUGAAAUAGACUGAGGCUUCAUAUCAGAGGACACUAUAGAAAUACCUGCCUCUGUACUGUUCAUCUUCAAGGCCGAGUAUUUCUCUUUUCCUAGAUUUUCAGAAUGUAUGUUUAUUUGUAGAUUUUUAUCCUAACUGUUUCACCUUUGACUAUUGUUUUGUUUUCUCUUCUUGGUCAAACCCGUUCAUCGUCUCACUUUUCUAUCUCAUUUUUGCUCUUGGUCGUCUUUUCCUUAAGAGGCAUUUUCGUAGUUGUGGGGAUCAGACUGCUGGGGGUUUUUAACAUGUUGGACAUCGCCCCUCUCUCUACGACCCUUCUGAUGUUCAAAUCUCUGCGUCUCCUCCUGUUAACAGUCACCUGCUACAUCAAGCCGGUAUGACUUCACCAGUGAGAAAGGGACUAGUGCACUAAAAUUGCCCAGGUGCCCAAUGGGAGGAAAGUGUAUGAGAGUUUGUGAUUUUCAAAUGAAGACCUCAAUUAAAAGUUUCUAAUGGUGUUUCAAA